AUGAAUAGAAAUUUAAAGAGAGAAUAAUAGAAAUUUUCAAAAUCAUCUUUAAAAUUCCCAACAGAAAGCAUGGUCUUUGUAUUCUUAGUAUAUAUAAAUAACCAUACUUUAAUUUGGCAAGAUCAGUAUCCAUAUUUUCAAGAAAGGCAUAAAUAACUAAGUAAUAUAUCUAUUUGUAGUAAUCUUCUACUUAGCAUUCAUAUGAAAAGUUUGCUAAAAUAUACUCUUAAUUACCAAAAUUUAUGCAAGAAGAAAGAGAUAUCAUUUAAGUAAGUAAGUAAGUAAGUAAAUCUGGUUGGCAGUAUAUAAUCAAAAAUAUCAUUGAAGUGUAAAGUUUGCGGAAAGGAAAUUUUUAUAAUUUUCUUAAUUUUUUUCUGCAGCUAGAUUAAUCAAGGAAAGCAAGAAAUGAGCAAUAGGAAUUGA